AUGACCGACCACCACCCCAACAUCGUCAAUCUUCUCCAACUCAAUGCUAUCCAACCAUUUCCCCUUAAUAGCCGAUGGGAUAUAUACACGAUAAGAUGGCUCACACUGCAAUUUGGGCGGGCCAGGAGCAGCUGGUAUUCUGUAUGUCUAUACCUAUCUUUGCUUUACCUCAAGCUUUUUUCAAUCAAUCAGUCACUCCAGAAGUGGCUGAAGAAUAAUACAAGCCAUGCAAAUUUAGCUUUUGGGGAUAUCGAUAUCAAUGAGCCCAACGACAAAAUUUCGGACGCUUUCGACGACUUUUGGCAAGGUGUUGAAAAGCAAACCAAGGAUAACCUGGAUUAA